AUGAGCGAGGCAGACAGCCUGUGGCUCCAGAAGAGCAUAACCCUCCCUGACCCGAUCCCGGAAGAGGCGGACACGGCAGAAGCACUGGCACCAGUGCUUGUCCCCACAACUGCUGUCACUUCGACGUCCACCGCUACCAAGACGUCCCAGGAGGAUGCCAUUGCGCCUCCUUCCCAGCCCAACAUGGAGAAGAAAGCCGCCGCUGGAAAGGAGAUGGACUUGACAAAGAUGGUUCUGGACACCAGCAGCCUCUUGCGCGCGUCUGUGCAGCGUCCGUCAAUGCGGUACCCGAAUCGGACUUCUGUUUCCCACUCCGCGCUCAUCUCUGCACAGGAGUACGAUGAGCUGCGUGCGCGCUACACACAGGCGAAGCGGGAGCUGCUGAAAGUGUCAGACAUUCAGAAGGACCUCGACUUCGCCCGUUUUGAGCUCACGCGCUCCCAGGAGGAGGUGAAGCUGCUGCGCGAGAGCAACCACCACCUCCAGCAGGAGAUUGGGGACUAUGCGCAGCGGAUCGAACGGGAAUACAAGGCGCGCAUGUCUCUUGAGGCGAAGAUGUCGACCGAAGGCGUCACUCGCACUGAGGAGGUGGAGUUCUUGAAGAGGUCUAUUGACAAACUGCGCGAGGAGAACGCGAAGCGACUCGACGAUAUGGCAGAGCAGCAGGAGAGUGAGUGCCAAGUACGGCUGCAGUCGAUGCGUGAGGAGCUGGCAGGCGCGGCGGAGGAGAUGACGCGACUCGCCGCGGAGGCGAAGCAAGCACAGAAGGCUCGCGAGCUGUCGGAGUCGAAGCUCGCCACCACACUUAAUGACUUGGAAAAGUCGUGCGCUGAGGUGAGCGACUGCAGGUCUCGAAUCGAUGCUCUACAGAAAGAGUGCCAGGCGUUGGAGCAGCAGCACCGCAGCUUUGUGCAGCAGCAAGAGAGGCUGAACGUGACGUACCUCGAGGAGCAAAAGGCGCUCAACGAGGAGCGUGUGAAUCAGGUGAUGGAGUCAAAAAAUACUGCUAUCGCAGAGCUGCAAGAGGAGCUGCGUCUUUGGAAGGAGAGGACGAAGACAACGGCUGAAGAACUGUCUGCGGCACGCCAAGCGGCAGGCCAGCUGCAGGAAGACGUGAGGCAGCUGACAGCCGAUCGCGUCAAGGAAGUGCGGUGCCUCACUGAGGAGCAUCGUCUUGCUCUGUGCGAGCUCCAGCUCCAGAUGGAGGCGGCGGUCCGUGAGGCGCGGGGAAGUAAGACGUCCAUCGAGGAAGAGGCUCAGUCUCUACGUCGCCAGCUUGCACAGGCGUCAAGUGAGCUCUCCACCGUAGCUGGCGUGCUGGCGCAGCGGGAGCGACAGCUUGCCAAAGCAGAAGAAGAGCUUGUGCACACCAAGGACCGAUGUGUCGCGGCAGAGCAGGACAACGCGCAGCUGGCGAGCGAUGCGCAGCUGAACGCCGAGGCGGCCGAGGAAGCCGCGGAGCGGGUGGAGCGGCUGAUAAAGCAGAACCACGACAUCGAGGAGGAGUUUUCGAAGGACAUACGCGAUGCCAAGGAGCGCAUCCGUACCUUGGAGGUGACGUUGAUGCAGAGCAAAGACGAGCUCUCGGAGCUACGUAAAGCGCAGAUCAAAUCUGCUGACGACGGCCUCGCCUCGACCCGCGACCUUCGCGCACAGACGGAGGCGCUGAUGGAAGAGUGUACGACGCUCAAGGCCCAGGCAAGGGAGCACCGUCGCUUUGAGGAAAUGGCGCGUGACUACCGCCAGCGCUUCGAGGGGGAGAGGACGAAGGUCGCCACACUUGAGGUAGAGCUCAGCGCUGCCGUCGACAGGUGUACGGCGGUGGAGGCGAAGCUGGAGGAGCUGUCGCGUCGCGUCAUUUCGCAGGCAGCGUCGCGCUCGCCGAUGCAGUCCCUGCACACCAACGCGACGACCGCGUCGCUCUCCCGCCAUGGCAAGAACCGCAGUGUCUCCUCUGGACAAUCGUACGCAGCCACCGGCGGUAGCUCGAUGAAACGUGCGCGCACUGAAGACGCACGCGUCUUUGCGAUCAGUGGGUUUGAUGGCAACGACGUGCUGCAUGCGGUGAAGCAGCUGCCGAACGUGGCGAUUGCGGAGUGCAAGUCAAACAUGCCUGUGCCGUCCAACCUUACCCACCUCAUCACGAAUGGCCAGCUCACGAUUAAGCUUCUGACGGCGCUUGUGCGAGGCUGCUGGGUGCUGCCCGAGUCGUACGUGGUGGACUCUUUGAAAGAGCAGACGUGGCUGCGUGAAGAGAACUACGGCUUCCAGCAUGAGGAGCCACCACUGCUGAAGAAGCGCAUUGCCCUCACAGAGCUGUUCAUGUCCUGCAAGCAUUACAGCACCGCCAGCCUGCUGCUCAAGGAGGGUGGUGCCAUCUUCGUCGAAGACACGGAGCAGGCGGACAUCGUUCUGUGCACCAACGCUGAGGCGCGCAACAUCAAGAACGGGUGGAAGUGGGAGAAGAUGGUGGAGAUGAUCUACCCGCUCAAGAUUCAGUAG